CCCCAGCACCUCCCCUGGAGGCUCGUGGAGAGGGUGGGACUCAGGUGGGAGGGCAGAAGGUGGAUCAUUAACCAGCUGGGAGCUGUGGGGCUCAGCCCCAUUGGUCCCCGACCAGUCAGGUCAGGCCCUCCCCAACGGGGACGCUGCCUUGCUGAGCACCCCCGGGUUAAGUGUAUGUGCUGCCUGGUCCGGCACUGUGUGUCCCCAGGAGCCAGCCCUCAGCUGUCCCCGUGGCCUGGCCCCUCUCCCCUAGACGCCUUCCCAGAGCCAGGAUGGCGGAGGCCGGACUGAGGGGCUGGCUGCUAUGGGCCCUGCUCCUGCACUCGGCCCAGGCCGAGCUGUACACACCCAUCCACCGGUCUGGCUACUGCGCCUUCUACGACGAGUGUGGCAAGAACCCAGAGCUGUCCGGAGGCCUGGCUCCCCUGGCCAACGUGUCCUGCCUGUCCAACACACCCGCCCGCCUCCUGGCCGGCGAGCACCUGGCCCUCCUGCGGCGCAUCUGCCCCCGCCUGUACGCUGGCCCCGACACCACCUACGCUUGCUGCUCCGCCAAGCAGCUGGUGUCCCUGGAGGCGAGCCUGGCGGUCACCAAGGCGCUCCUCGCACGCUGCCCCGCCUGCACCGACAACUUCGUGAGCCUGCACUGCCACAACACCUGCAGCCCCAACCAGAGCCUGUUUGUCAACGUGACACGCGUGGCCCGGCUCGGGGACGGCCGGCCGCCAGCUGUAGUGGCCUACGAGGCCUUUUACCAGAGCAGCUUCGCCAGGCGGACCUACGACUCAUGCAGCCGGGUGCGUGUCCCUGCAGCAGCCACGCUAGCUGUGGGCACCAUGUGUGGCGUUUAUGGCUCCGCCCUCUGCAACGCUCAGCGCUGGCUCAACUUCCAGGGGGACACAGGAAAUGGCCUGGCCCCCCUGGACAUCACCUUCUACCUCUUGGAGCCUGGUCAGACGCCGGGGAGUGGGGUGCAGCUUCUGAACGGGGAGGUGGCACCGUGCAACGAGUCCCAGGCGGACGGCGCAGCCGCCUGCUCCUGCCAAGACUGCGCCGCCUCGUGCCCCGCCAUCGCCCGGCCCCAGGCCCUGGACGCCACCUUCUACAUGGGCCGGAUGGCAGGCGGGCUGGCCCUCGUCAUCACCCUCUGUUCGGCCUUUGCUGUACUUACCGCCUUCCUGGUGGGGCCCCGCCUGGCCUCCCGCUGGGGCAAGGGCAAGAUGCGGGACCCCACGGUGGGCACCAGCCUCUCUGACAAACUGAGCCUGUCCACGCAUAGCCUCCUCAGCCGGUGCUUCCAGGGCUGGGGCACAUGGGUGGCCUCGUGGCCGCUGAGCAUCCUGCUGGUGUCCAUCGCCGUGGUGGUGGCCUUUUCAGGAGGCCUGGCCUUCAUGGAGCUGACCACGGACCCCGUGGAGCUGUGGUCGGCCCCCAGCAGCCAGGCCCGGAGAGAGAAGGAGUUUCAUGACCAGCAUUUCGGCCCCUUCUUGCGGACCAACCAGGUGAUCCUGACGGCACCCACACGGCCUGGCUCCAGCUACAACUCCCUGCUGCUGGGGCCCAAGAACUUCAGUGGGGUUCUGGCCCCCGACGUCCUGCUGGAGGUGCUGGAGCUGCAGGAGACGCUGCGACACCUGCAGGUGUGGUCACCCGAGGAGCAGCGCAAUGUGUCGCUGCAGGAUGUGUGCUUCGCGCCCCUCAACCCACACAACACCAGCCUCUCCGACUGUUGUGUCAACAGCCUCUUGCAGUAUUUCCAGAACAAUCGCACGCGCCUGCUGCUCACGGCCAACCAGACGCUGACCGGGCAGACCUCUCAAGUGGACUGGAGGGACCACUUUCUCUACUGCGCUAAUGCCCCUCUCACCUUCAAGGACGGCACAGCCCUAGCCCUGAGCUGCAUGGCUGACUACGGGGGCCCUGUCUUCCCUUUUCUUGCUGUGGGGGGCUACAGAGGGAAAGACUACUCUGAGGCAGAGGCCCUGAUCAUGACCUUCUCCCUUAACAACUACGCCCCUCGGGACUCCCGGCUGGCACAGGCAAAGCUCUGGGAGGGGGCCUUCUUGGAGACGAUGAGAGCUUUCCAGCAGCGGACAGCCGGCAGGUUCCAGGUCACAUUCAUGGCGGAGCGCUCCCUGGAGGACGAGAUCAAUCGCACCACGGCCCAGGACCUGCCGGUCUUCGGGGUCAGCUACAUUGUGAUCUUCCUGUACAUCUCCCUGGCCCUGGGCAGCUACUCCAGCUGGCGCCGGGUGGCGGUGGAUGCCAAGGCCACGCUGGGCCUGGGCGGGGUGGCCGUGGUGCUGGGAGCAGUCACGGCAGCCAUGGGCUUCUUCUCGUACCUGGGCAUCCCCUCCUCCCUGGUGAUCCUGCAGGUGGUGCCUUUCCUGGUGCUGGCCGUGGGUGCUGACAACAUCUUUAUCCUAGUGCUCGAGUACCAGAGGCUGCCGCGGAGGCCUGGAGAGCGGCGAGAGGACCACAUCGGCCGCGCACUGGGCAGGGUGGCCCCCAGCAUGCUGCUCUGCAGCCUGUCUGAGGCCAUCUGCUUCUUUCUCGGGGCCCUGACCCCCAUGCCAGCGGUGAGGACCUUCGCCCUGACCUCCGGCUUGGCUGUCAUCCUGGACUUUCUGCUGCAGGUGUCAGCCUUCGUGGCCCUGCUGUCCCUGGACAGUAGGCGGCAGGAGGCCUCCAGGAUGGAUGUGUGCUGCUGUGCUGGCGCUCGGGAGCUGCCCCCCCCGGGCCAAAGCGAGGGGCUCCUGCUGCGAUUCUUCCGCAAGGUCUAUGUCCCACUCCUGCUGCACCGGGUCACACGUGUGGUUGUGCUGCUGCUGUUCACGGGCCUGUUUGGAGCCGGGCUGUACCUCAUGUGCCAGGCCAGUGUGGGGCUGGAUCAGGAGCUGGCCCUUCCCAAGGACUCCUACCUGCUCGACUAUUUCCUCUUUCUGAACCGCUACUUUGAGGUGGGGGCUCCAGUCUACUUCGUCACCACUGGAGGCUACAACUUCUCCAGUGAGGCAGGAAUGAAUGCCAUUUGCUCGAGCGCAGGAUGCGACAGCUUCUCCUUAACCCAGAAGAUACAGUUCGCCACUGAGUUCCCCGACGAGUCUUACCUGGCCAUCCCUGCCUCUUCCUGGGUGGAUGACUUCAUUGACUGGCUGACCCCGUCCUCUUGCUGCCGCCUGUAUGCCUUUGGUGCCAACAAAGACAAAUUCUGCCCCUCGACCGUUAACUCCCUGGCCUGCUUGAAGAGCUGUGUGAACUUCACUCUGGGCCCCGUCCGGCCAUCAGUGGACCAGUUCCACAAAUACCUGCCCUGGUUCCUGGAGGACCCACCCAACAUCAAGUGUCCCAAAGGUGGACUGGCAGCGUAUAGCACCUCCGUGGAUUUGGGACCUGGUAACCAAGUUUUAGCCUCGAGGUUCAUGGCCUACCACAAGCCACUGCGGAACUCACAGGAUUACACGGAGGCCCUGCGGGCGGCACGUGCACUGGCGGCCAACAUCACCGCCCACCUGCGGCAGGUGCCGGGCACCGACCCGGCCUUCGAGGUCUUCCCCUACACGAUCACCAACGUGUUCUACGAGCAGUACCUGAUGGUGGUCCCCGAAGGCCUCUUCAUGCUUGCCAUGUGCCUGCUGCCCACGUUCGCCGUCUGCUGCCUGCUGCUGGGCAUGGACCUGCGCUCCGGCCUCCUCAACCUGUUCUCCAUCGUCAUGAUCCUCGUGGACACUGUGGGCUUCAUGGCCCUGUGGGGCAUCAGCUACAACGCCGUGUCCCUCAUCAACCUGGUCACGGCGGUGGGCAUCUCCGUGGAGUUUGUGUCCCACAUCACCCGCGCCUUUGCCAUCAGCACCCGGCUCACCCGGCUGGAGAGGGCCAAGGAGGCCACGAUCUUCAUGGGCAGCGCGGUGUUCGCGGGCGUGGCCAUGACCAACCUGCCGGGCAUCCUCGUCCUGGGCCUGGCCAAGGCGCAGCUCAUCCAGAUCUUCUUCUUCCGCCUCAACCUCCUCAUCACCCUGCUGGGCCUGUUGCACGGCCUGGUCUUCCUGCCAGUCGUCCUCAGCUUCGUGGGGCCCGAUGUCAAUGUGGCUCUAGUGCUGGAGCAGAAGAUGGAGGAGGCCGCCAGGGCCAGGGUGGCCUCCUGCCCGACCCACCAGGCCCCGACAUCCACAGCCAGCAGCACCUACAUCAACCAUGGCUUUGAACAUCCUGCCAAGAGCAUGGGUGGUGCUGUCGGUUCUCUGUCCCGCGGUGGGCAGGAGUUCUGAGGAGGCCGGAGCUCCUGUCCUGGCUCACCAGCCCUGACCCCUGGGGCUGUGCAGCUUCCCUAAUGGGGGUCCCUUCACCUGUCCUCCCACUCAGGGCCUAGGAGAGGCAGUGGCCAUGGGAGUGCCCAAGGCGGGUGGUUGGUCUCUGGCCACCAGGUGGGACCCAGGAGGACAAGAUUAGGAUGAAGGAGGCAUGUGGCAGCAUGGGUGUGGUCUGUUCCUGUCUCUUGAAGUUGACGUAUGUCUUCCCGGAGCAGGUUUUUACACUCUAAUUCCGUGUCUAUAUGUGAACAGAGAUAGAGUAUCAUUCCACGUUUAAACGUCUUCCGUAAAUGACUUGACACAUCCCUUCACUAGCUUCCCCCAUGCCCCAUGCAUUUUGCAUUUAUUCACGUUGGUCCCUGUGGUCCAGUCACUGCGACUGCCCUGGAUUAUUCCAUUGCAUGAAUGAGCACGAUUGCUUUAUUUUUAAAGGUUUCAUUUCUAAUCCCUCCACCCACUGUGGGGCUCGAACUCACAACCCUGAGAUCAAGAGUCAGGUGCUCCACCGACUGAGCCGGCCUGGCCCCACGAACACCAUGAUUCUGUCUGUUCCCUGCUGGUGGGCAGAUUGGUCCCAGUUGUUUUCCAGUACAGCGCCAAUCACUUCUGUGGAAUCUCCAAAUCCCCAAAUCUCUGAAAACUGCGUUUGCUUUUUUUCUCUUGUACAUUUGGGACAAUCUCAUUGGACCAGAUGAGAGGUGUUUAUUUACACCUUUACGACUGGGGUCCUUACGCCCUUUGUCUCCUUGAUGUGAGCGGUCAGAUAUUUUGGCACGUUUGUGACUUUGUGUGCUGUGUGCGGCCCCGGGCCCUGAUGGGGGGUAAUAUCUAAGGCAGCGUAAGCAUCAAAUUACUUUCCUAAAAACCUUCUAAAUUCUGAAAUUCAUCACACCAAGGGGAUCUCAGGUGCAGAAGAUGAAACUCUGUGAGGCUGAGCAGGCAUUGAUGUGUCUGUAGGUGUGGGAGAGCUGCCUGGAGGCAGUGUUGCCGAGGGACUGCAGGGGACCCACAGCUGCCUCUGGAAAGCGCUGCCCUAUUCACACCCCACCCACCGGCCUCGGUGAGGGGCCUCCCUCCCCGUACCAACAACACUGUAUGUCCACUUGCUCUUUGGGGGAAAGGGUAGCAUUGUGGGUGAUAAUCAUUUUUAAAUACAUUUUUCAAAAGAAACCUUUUUACAAUUUUAGAAUAGUUUUAGAUUUACAGCAAAAUUACAAAGAUAGUACAGAAAGUUCCUGCAUACUUCAUGUCCAGUUUACCCUAUCAAUAUAUUAGUAUGGUACAUUUGUCAAUAUACAAUUAAUAAACCAGUAUUGAUAAUUACUA